AUGGCGGCCGUCGGCUCUCCACCGCCCUCUGCGCCAACCUCGCCCAGCAGUCCCCGUCGGAAACCUGUUCCAACUCACCAUGCCCUGUCGCCCGCCGAACGCUACGACUGGGGAGAGAACGUCAAGCCUCUGCCCGGUGCCCCUGUGUCUGACUCGCCGAGGUUACGACAGUCUCCCGUGUCACCAGUUAAGGUGAAUUUCCAACCGAGCGACUGGGCCCGGCCGUCCACCGGGAACAUCGAGCAACAUCUGCCACACGGCCAGCCUGUUCCGGUCCCGGCCCUCGACCGUGCUCUACCCAAAACCCCCGACGCUCCAACGCCCCCGCCGCAUACGCCUUUAUACCAGCCCGCGACCGGGUAUAUGCAUAGUUCCGUCCCAGAUGCCCUGGGUUUGCGGCCUGCAUCGAGUGGCACCGAACAGCCCGUUGCGCCGCAGUCCGCCAGCGUCUUGAGCUCCCAGCUCGAAAAUCUCAGCAUGGGCGACCAGCCCGAGGGGAAAGGAGAGAACCGCAACAGUAGAGAGUCGGAUGCCACUGCCAGCACCUCACGGCAGCAGUCAAACGAGUCAUCGGCCACGACGAGCGCAAGCUCGGUUUCUGGAAUUCUCGAUGUCUCGGACAACCAAGACAACUCGGCAGACGCCUCCGCCGAAAGCUCCGUCAUCGACGACCCCGCUCUCCGACCCGAACCUGUACCCCAACUACAAUAUCACCAUUCCGCCUUCCUGCCACGCCCCGCCAGCGUGGCGGUAGCCCAAGACCCAAGAGCCCAGUCAAACCCGAACCUAGCCGAGGGCGCCGCCAACAUCAACCGCCACCUAACGCCAACCACCAAUUUCAACAGGAGGAGCUCGCUACCGCGGCCGCAGUCGGCUUAUUCGGUGUACUCCGACUUUGGACCGCGCGGGCGUUCCCCUGGCUUCUUGGGUGGCUCACAAGUUCGGGCGCCCUCUGCGCACUCGAGAAAAUCCCCCGAGACACGGCCGUCUUCGUUCGCGGAAUUGCUCAACGUGCCCUACCCGCAGCCGGCCCCGGCACCCAUCACCUUCGACAAUUCGCAGCUACGGUCCGCCGUGGGCAACAAUGCGUCCUUGCUUAGCGCCGAGAAAACGUUGGAAAUGUACCGACAAAACGUGAAGAAGACGAACGACUUCUCCAUUUUGUACUCCUUCGCCGUCUUCCUCAUCGCCACCGCACAGGAACAAGGGUUGGAUUUCCAAGAUACCAAGAGGACGAAGAGUCCGAAGUCCGCCCCUGGAGAAGCUCCCCCGUCAUCUUCGCACGACCUGGUACGGGAGGCUCGUGCCAUUCUGCAAAAGCUGGCCAACAAUGGCUAUCCUUUUGCACAAUACUACCUUGCCGAUGGUUACGCCUCGGGCUUGUUUAGCAAAGGAAAGGAGGAUUACAACUCAGCGUUCCCACUCUUUGUGCUCGCUGCCAAGCAUGGCCACGCCGAGUCCGGGUACCGCACCGCUCUGUGUUACGAAUUCGGCUGGGGGUGCCGCAAAGACCCUACCAAGGCCGUGCAGUUCCUCCGCACUGCGGCGGCCAAGAGGCACCCGGGCGCCAUGACGAGGCUGGGAAAGGCUUGUUUGUCUGGCGAUCUUGGAGAGAAGCGGUACAGGGAAGGCGUCAAGUGGCUAAAGCUGGCCUCCGAAGCGGCCGACGCCAUCUACAACGCUGCGCCGUACCACCUCGGGUGCUUGUACGAAACCGGAUAUGGCGAUGACGUCUUCCUGGACGAGAACUACGCCGCCGAGUUGUUCACUCAGGCCGCAGACUUGGGUCAUCCCGAGGCGAAUUACAGGAUGGGUGACGCGUACGAGCACGGCAAGCUGAACUGCCCGAGGGACCCGGCUCUGAGCGUGCACUUCUACACGGGUGCUGCGGAACGCGGUCACGCCGCGGCUAUGAUGGGCCUCUGCGCUUGGUAUAUGGUCGGCGCAGAACCCGUCUUGGACAAGGACGAAGAGGAAGCUUACGAAUGGGCACGGAGGUCGGCUGAGAUGGGCUACGUCAAAGCGCAGUACGCUGUUGGGUACUUCACCGAGAUGGGCAUCGGAUGCCGCAGGGAUAUCCUCGAAGCCAAUGUCUGGUACGUCAAAGCCGCCGAUGCGGGCGAUGAUCGUGCGAAGCAGCGCCUUGCCGCCAUCCGCGCAGCCAUUAGCGGAGGAACGCCAAUGGACGUCGCGCCGCCUCGGAAUGCUAAGGUCAGGAAGAGCGGUGGGGAGAAUGACUCCAAGGAGUGCAUUGUAAUGUGA